AUGGAUUUCCAACCAGACCUUCCUAUCCCGAUCUCCUAUGUAUCCGGUAGAUACCUACUGUUCUCAAUCGAUGCCGUGACCUACCUGCGCCGUGAGCAUCACAUCUGUGGGGUCCUCAUCGGAACGCUGCCCCAGAUUCCUCAGCAGAAUGUCUUCCUGGGUCUCCCACUGGAGCUGAUGCCCGAGGAGGCACGGCUGUUGGUGGACAAGGGUGUAGCUUGCAUUGUAGACGAAGCCAAGGCACAUGAAGGCAUGAACACUCUCUUAGAAGAGGAUCGAAGACGGUAUCUCCGCGACCUCGAAUCCCAGGGUCAGCAUGUGUCGCGCAUCCAGACGGAUCGCAAGGAACGGAACCGUGAACAGACAAUGAAGAAAUUAGACGAGAAGAAAGCCAAGGCGAAGGCGAAAGCCAGCGAUAGUGCCGCAGCAGCUCAGGCGCCUCCAGUACCCGCAGAUGCCACUUCCACCCCAACCCCGUCACAGAUAAACCCUGCCAUCGUCGAUCUGUUCGCUGCUGAAGACUCCGGCAUAUCAUCCCCUUCCACCAAAGUCUCGAACAAACCCAAUCAGGCGGCAGUGGUCAUCACGCCUGCAACAUCUUACCCGCCACUUCGCACACCUCCAUCGUCGAGUCACCUCUCCGCACCCGCGGUGCCGCUUUCCUAUCCUCUCUUCGCUCACCUCCAUUCCAAUGGCUAUUUCCUCUCCCCUGGUCUGCGCUUCGGAUGCCAAUACAUGGCUUAUCCAGGUGACCCGCUGCGCUUCCACUCGCAUUUCCUAGCGGUGGCCUACGAAUGGGAUGAGAAUAUCGAUCUGAUGCAUCUCAUUGUCGGCGGCAGACUGGGAACUGGCGUGAAGAAGGGAUUCUUGAUCGGUGGAUCACAGAAGACAAUCGAUGAGGCUGACUCAGAGGCUGAGCGUGUUGAAAGUGUCCGGACAUUCAGUCUUGAAUGGGCUGGAAUGUGA